AUGAGUGGCGCUGUAUACGGUGGAGAUGAAGUUGGAGCUUUGGUUUUCGAUAUCGGCCAUAACACAGUUAGGGCUGGAUAUGCAGGUGAAGACAGUCCGAAGGUUGAUGUCCCUUCUACUAUUGGAGUUUGGUUAGAUCCUGAAGAUGAUGUUUCACAGACACAUUAUAAUAUUGGCCUGCUGGCCAUUCAUUUUUGGAAACCAGGUAGGAAUAUAGAAAUGGAACUCACAUCAUUUUUGAAAGAAGGAAUGGUUGACAACUGGGACAUGUUUGAAAACUUCUUAGAUUAUAUUUACAAUCAUGCCUUGAGGGCUAUACCAAAAGACCACCCUAUACUAUUAACUGAGCCACCAUGGAUUACAUCACCAAAACGUGAAGAAAUUACUGAACUUAUGUUUGAGAAAUAUGGAGUUCCUGCAGUGUAUCUAGCUAAAAAUGCUAGUUUAGCAGCUUUUGCUAAUGGUCGUCCUACAUGUCUGGUUGUUGAUAGUGGGGCUACACAUACAUCUGCUGUCCCUGUACAUGAUGGUUAUGUUUUGACACAAGCAGUGGUGAAAUCACCUGUUGGUGGAGAUUACUUGAGUACACAAUGUAGAACACAUCUAACAGAAAAAGGCAUAGACUUAGUGCCACCAAGUAUGGUGGCUUCAAAGGAGCUCACAAAACCUGAGGAUCCACCUAUUUGGAAACGACGCAAUGUACCAGAAAAUCUUACUGAGUCAUGGUAUAACUUCAUGAUUAAGGAAGUGAUGCAAGAUUUCCAGGCUUCUGUUCUUCAAGUGUGUGAUGUAUCAUAUGAUGAAGAGAUAGUCAAAACAAUGCCAGCAAAUCAUUAUGAAUUCCCUAAUGGUUAUCAUCGUGAUUUUGGGGUGGAGAGAUUCAAGAUACCUGAACCUCUUUUCAACCCUACCACUGGUGCAAAAGCAGGCAUACAACCUAUUUUAGGAGUGGGUUCUUUGGUGACAACCAGUGUUGGAAUGUGUGAUAUUGACAUAAGACCUGCAAUGUAUGGAAAUGUUGUAGUGACUGGAGGAAAUUCAUGUCUUCAGGGAUUCACAGAGAGGCUUAACAGAGACUUAGCUGCUAAAACUCCACCAAGCAUGCGACUCAAGAUCAUCAGUGCUCCAGGAGCGUCAGAACGCAGAUUUGGGGCUUGGACUGGUGGAUCCAUUUUAAGCUCCUUAGGGUCAUUCCAACAGCUUUGGGUGUCCAAACAAGAAUAUGAAGAAACUGGUAAAAUAAUCGUUCAGUCUAAAUGUUUAUAA